CCAGAUUCGAGAAACGUAUCUGAAUCUGGAUUCUGAAUCCCAACGAUAUCCUGAUCAGUCUUGACUAACCAGUCCUGUGAUGGUGUAGCUUUCUCCGCUAGUUACGAGCUGAUACGUGUGUUGGUGCGACCUGGUGAUUCGAAUGGUGAAAAGGAUCUCGUCGUACAUCACACUGUAUACCGAGAUCUAGAGCGGCUUGUCAGUCACAUUCCGGGAAUGUACGAAACGCGAAUGAUAAUAAGGCUAAAGACGGCUGAUCUCAUCUUUAUGGGACGCUCGCCGCGAUAGUACAAUAUAAUAAUAAAUCAUCGUCGAUCGGAUGAAGGGAACGCCGAUAGCAGCCACCGACUCGGAAUUGGGCGUGUGUCGCGUAUGAGAAGGCAAUCACUUGAGCGAGCGCAACGCGCGCGCGCGCGCGCACAUAUACGAACGGACACGCACGGUGGACUUUUGACGGAUCCGUGACUAUUCGCCCUGCAAUGGCGCCUGGCGACUCGCCUACUUUCUAAGCUCGCCGCGGUGAGAGGGGCCGCCGAUCAGUCUCGCGUUCCAGCCGGAUUGUCGGAUUAAAUGUGAUCGUCGAUAAACGCUGUUUAGGAGGAUUGGAAUUUAGAAGAGUCCAGGUAGAGUCUCUAGAGUGGAGUUCUCUCUUUCUCUCUCUCUCUCUUCCGACGAAUAUAUAAUCGCGCGCGCAUGCUGUUCCUCGCGGCGAUGUAUCAGCCUUGCGACAGGACGUCUCAGGAGUCCAGGAUAUCCAGAGAAUGCGCGGCACCGUCUCGGAGCAUUUCCUCGCGGAUGUGAUCCUUUCUGUACGGCUCGUUCUUCCUCGCGCUAUCCAGCCAACGAUUCCGUGGCCUGUUCCACGCCUUUACGCUCUGUUGUCAUCGAGGGACGACACAGCUGACACAGAUCUCGCAGUUAUGAUUCCAUCUUACGGAUGUGCUGCGUCUCGUAGAUACUUCGUGGGGAAUGUAUGACACGCGGAUUCAUCUACGACGGUGACUGGAAAAGUGCGCGCGACGAUUCUCUCGGUACCUCCUGAUCGUUAGCAAGAUCCUGGAUAUUUAGAUCACUUCAUAGAGCUGUACGAACUGUAAUUCCUUUGCGGUACGAAUUUUUCGUACAGCGAUUUCGGUUGCGUCGUUAAAUGCAACGAGGAAGAGGAGGAGGACGACGACGUGUCCCGUGGACAACGACGCGGCGAAUAAUUCUUGAAAGAACUGUAGUCUCAGGAUAGAAGCAAGAACGAAUCAAGCAUGGGGAACUGUUGCAGCAACCCGGCCGACGUGGAGAAGGAGAAGCCGGACAGGAUCGGUAAUCCCAGCAUCGAGGUCGCGUCGCAGGUUAAUCCAGUGCCUACGCCACCGCCUGAUCCCAUAAGGCCGAUCCCACAGAUCCCAGACACGGAUAUCACGACCGCAAAGAUAUUCGUUGCUCUUUACGAUUACGACGCUCGUACGGACGAAGAUCUCAGCUUUAGGAAAGGAGAGCACUUGGAAAUAAUCAAUGACACCCAGGGCGACUGGUGGCUCGCCAAAAGCAAAAGGACCAGACAAGAGGGCUAUAUUCCCAGUAAUUACGUCGCCAAACUCAAGUCGAUCGAGGCAGAACCAUGGUAUUUCAGGAAGAUUAAGCGAAUCGAGGCUGAGAAAAAAUUGCUUCUACCGGAAAACGAUCAUGGCGCAUUUCUGAUAAGAGACUCGGAGAGCCGACACAACGAUUACUCCCUUUCAGUGCGCGAUGGUGACACAGUAAAGCAUUACCGUAUCCGUCAAUUAGACGAGGGUGGCUUCUUCAUCGCCAGACGAACCACUUUCAGGAAUCUACAAGAUCUCGUGGAGCAUUACAGCAAGGAUGCGGACGGUCUAUGCGUUAAUCUGUGCAAGCCGUGUGUGCAAGUUGAGAAACCCGUAACGGAGGGCCUUAGUCACCGUACGCGGGACCAAUGGGAAAUUGAUCGUUCGUCGCUGAAAUUCCUAAGAAAAUUGGGCCAGGGACAGUUUGGCGAGGUCUGGGAAGGUUUGUGGAACAACACCACACCAGUGGCGAUAAAAACGCUCAAGCCGGGCACCAUGGAUCCGAAGGACUUCCUCGCUGAGGCGCAGAUAAUGAAGAAGCUCCGACACGCCAAGUUGAUUCAAUUGUAUGCCGUGUGCACGAUGGAGGAACCGAUCUACAUUAUUACGGAAUUGAUGAGGAAUGGUAGUUUAUUGGAGUACUUGCAAGGUACGCAAGGACAAGGGAAAGGUAGAAAUCUAAAAUUGCCGCAACUGAUCGACAUGGCCGCGCAAAUAGCCGCUGGUAUGGCGUACUUGGAAUCGCAGAAUUAUAUCCAUCGUGACUUAGCCGCUCGUAAUGUUCUUGUGGCAGACGGAAAUGUUGUUAAAAUUGCGGACUUUGGCUUAGCUAGGCUCAUCAAAGAAGACGAAUAUGAAGCUAGAAUAGGGGCACGCUUCCCUAUCAAAUGGACCGCGCCUGAGGCCGCCAACUACAGCAAAUUUAGUAUUAAAUCCGAUGUAUGGUCGUUUGGUAUUCUCCUUACUGAAUUGGUUACGUAUGGUAGAAUACCUUAUCCAGGUAUGACAAACGCUGAAGUUCUUCACCAGGUGGAGCACGGCUAUAGAAUGCCGAAUCCACCCAAUUGUCCCGAGACGCUUUACAAUAUCAUGUUGGAAUGCUGGAACAAAGAUCCUAUGAAGAGACCGACGUUUGAGACACUUCAGUGGAAACUCGAAGACUUCUUCACUAUGGAAGGUUCCGAAUAUAAAGAGGCGUCCGCGUAUUAAAUAAUAGAUAUUUCUCUUCGUCAAAAACGAUUCUUCCUUCAUAUUAUUCUAUUGAAAGACGCAAACGAUGUUAUAUCGAUGGCGGUCGUUACGAUCUUCUUCAUUGAUCUAUUUGCUAUACAAGUUUUCACGGUACUUCUGGAAAAAUAUUGUAAUCUUUAUACUCGAACGAUCAUGAUCAUUAUGCGGACGAUAGGUGAUAGUAUAAUUUUAUUUAACGAUAGAUUUUUUUCUCUUUUUUCUUCAUCUUUCACGAUUUUCUUCCUUUUUCUCUACUUUUUUCGCACAUUGUAUCUGCCAUAAAACUCGAAGAUUGAUCUUUGUAUAUUUUUACUUAUAUGACUUGAAACAUAUAUUGGCAUUUUGAUAUGCUCUAUCGUCGCGCGGCGACGAAGUUUUAGAUAUCGUUUUAGACCGCAGUAAGAAUGUUAUAUAUACACAUAGACGUUAAAUGGCCUUUGUAAAAUCGUUUAUAAGUGUCACUUAAUGUGAGGUAGUAACCUCGACCAUUCGUAGAAAUGACAAUUCCGGAUGAUGAUGCCGCGCGAUCGGCAAUAAUAGCGAUGUAAUAUAUUCGUGUGUACGAUAUUAAUAUAUUAAUAUUGUAUUUCCCUUAUUACAAUUUCCGUACGCAUUACGUAAGCGAUCAAGAGAGUCAAUCCUUCAAUAAAACUGUACUACCGACAAUGUUAAAAGGACAAAAUGACGGACCACGGAUGCACAACUUUAUCAUUCCUUCUCGUUCGAGCGUAACGACUCGGAAUUUAUUAUGACGAACUCUCGGGAGAUAGAUAUACGAAAGUUUCGCCGACGAACGAUCUUGCGCAUGCAGUUUGCACGUGUACGCGAAGAUUGGGGAUUUAUUAACCGGUCCGUCCAAGAGAAUGCGGAAGACUGUUGUGUCCUUGCGGCGACUACGUCGAACGACGUUAUACCCUUUCGUCUAUUUGUCGUGAAACCAUUAGUACUGACUCAGCUACUGCCAGCUAACGUUUUCUAAGAUACACUUGUUACUUGUAACAUAUAAGAUCAUCUUUCGCAAGUAUACACGAGAGUGUACGCAUCUAUGAAUGCAUACUCAAAUAUCUGUGUAUCUGGAAUGUUUGCAUCUGCUAUGAAAACGUGGAGAAUCAGUAUACCGUGAGAUAUUUCUUAAGUAUUCCAAAAAGAAUGUAUUUACAUCACAUUAUUAAUCUUUUGCAGGUCUCAAGCCGAGAUAUUUCCGGCACACACGCGAGUCACUCGUUUGAAGAUGUAAUAGAAUCCCAUCUUAUCGCGCACGUAUCAGAUUGACUGUAGAACCGCACUAAAUACUUGAAUGACAAUUCUGUUCAUAUAAGAAAUAAAUAGUUUAUCGCAGAUAAUUUACGCAAAAAGGUAAGGUUUUUUCAGCUUUACAUAUAUUAUUCAUUUGCUUUUCUAAUGUCAAAAAAUAUAUUAACACAUUUAUUUAUUAAAUAUUAUAUAAUAUUUUAAUUAAAAUAUAUUUACUAUUUAUUCAUUAAUUUUUAUAUUAAAAAUUAGCUAGUUACAUAUCACUAAUAGAAUCAGACCAAUGGAAGAUGUGCCAUCAAUCGGCUUGAGACCGCAAAGAGUUAAUCAUUCGGUUAUACAUUCAUGUGUUAUCUCGAAUUUAUCAUUUUUAUAUAUUUUUAUAAAUCGUAUUUAAGCGUUUUAUUAUACUCAUUUGUCGCGUGAUUUUUCACGUUAGCGAGUACGUGACUCGAAUAAUUGAAAAUAGUUAUUAUGCGGAUAAAAGUAAGUGGAUAAAAUUAAAUAUACUUCAUAAAUGUAUGCAUCCAUAACGGUAAAUGAUGUAAAAUUAUAUAUAGAUAUUUUAGCAAUAUCUUACUCUCUUUUAAUACAUACGCGCUCCACGCACAUACAUACACACAUAUACACAUACAAAAAUAUGUAUGGAAUGUGCCAAAAAACCAUCGCCAUUCCUCUUUGCCUAUUGAUUCCAUGACGAAUUUCGAGUCGGCUUUUAUUGCAAUAAAAACUUUACUGUAAAGAUUUUUUUUUUUUACGAUUUAAAAAUUUGUUCCAUUAAUUUCAUUUUAAGAAAUAAAGUAUCAAAAUAAUAUUAAUAAAAAAAAAAACUUCUAGAAUUACUCUAGAAAAAUCGACUCUAAUUUCGUCAGAGAAUAUGCCUCGGAGAUUUGAUAGACAGAUCUCUUACUAAACACUAUACACAUGCAUCUUCUGUUCUGAAGAAGUCAGAGCUGUGUUAAUAGUACCAAAUUGAUCGUGAAUUUCAAAGAGGUGUGCUCACGGGCGAUAUCAUUAAUCAUACGAUAAAUUUUUAUAAUAUUGUUAUCAUUUUGUGUAAUGAUCAAUUUUCUCGUAGAAAAUACGAUUUCCUUAAGUAAGUACUAUCUUAAGUUGUAAAGAAAAACAUUUAAAAUUAGUAAAAGAAAAAAUACGUUAUUUGUAAGAAAACAUUGAAUCAAGUUAUUGUUCAUUUUGAGAAAAAUACAAAUAUCGCCAAACUGGUAUGCAAAAAAUUAUCAAGAAUUAUCAUGAUAGCACUAUAGAACUAAUUAAGAUAAAGAGACUAUAUAUAAUUAAGAAAUGUAAUGCAACGAUUACAAGCACAAAACGGAUGAAAGUUUACUGGAACUAUUUGUUAAUCUUUAUCCGUGCAAAAAUUUUUUUCUAUAAUGGGAGGAUAGAAGAGGGGCGAUUUCCUUUCGAAUAAUUAUGUAUAAUAGAAACCUGUGGCGAAUGAAGAUAAAAUUACGUUAGAUGUAUAAGAGAAAUAAUCGACAAAAUAAACGGAACAGUUUUGUUUACAAAAAUGAAA